CCUCGUGCUACAAGAAUGGCUGGCUCAGUGCUUCGGUUGACAAUUGUUCUGGGACUGCUCGUUUUAAUCCUAACCUGCCUUGCUGAUGACAAAAAAGAUGACAAGCCUGAUGAAAAGCCAGCUGACUCGGGCAAAAGCCCAGAGCCUGAGUUUCCCAAGUUUCUAAACCUCCUGGGCUCAGAGAUCAUUGAGAAUGCAGUCGAGUUCAUCCUCCGCACCGUGACUAGGACCUCGUAAGCACUGAGACGAACCUUGCUUUUGUCCAGUUGACUGUUGGUAAUGACCACACUGCAU